UUGUGACAUUAUAUUUAUAUUAGAAUUUUCAUUAUACUGUAAUGUUAUUAAUAAAUUUAAAUUUUAUUUGUAUUACGGGUGCAGUAUUGAUGGUAAAUGUAGUGUUAAGCGCAUCCAAUAAUAACAAUAACAACAACACUAACACCGAUGCCAUCAGAUAUGAUCCAAACUGGCAGUCACUGGACAAGCGUCCGAUCCCGGGCUGGUUUGAUGAGGCAAAAGUCGGUAUAUUUAUACAUUGGGGCGUAUUUUCGGUGCCGUCCUACGGGGACGAGUGGUUUUGGUAUCGUUGGAAAGCCGAUAAAGUGGACAAUUUUAUUGAGUUUAUGAAAAACAAUUAUCCGCCAAAUUGGACGUAUCAGGACUUUGCCAAACAAUUUACGACAGAAUUUUUCGAUCCCAACCAUUGGGCCGAUGUUUUUAGAUCGGCCGGUGCUAAGUAUGUGGUACUGACCACCAAACACCACGAAGGCUAUACUAUGUGGCCGUCAAAGUACUCGUACAGUUGGAAUGCCAAAGAUGUCGGACCCAAUCGGGAUUUAGUCGGUGAAUUGUCGACAGCUGUCCGUAAUAAGGGUCUCCGGUUUGGUGCCUAUCACUCAUUGAUGGAGUGGUUUAAUCCACUAUUUAUUGAAGACUCAAACAAUGACCAUAAGACACAACAUUUUGUCGAUACCAAAAUACAGCCCGAAUUGCGUGAAUUAGUUAACAAUUAUAAGCCGGAUAUUGUUUGGUCGGACGGUAACGGAGGCGGAGAUCCCAAGUAUUGGAAAAGCGAAGAGUUYUUGGCCUGGCUUUACAACGAUAGUCCCGUAAAGGACACAGUUGUCGUCAAUGACCGAUGGGGUGAGGGUAGUGAUGGACAUCACGGAGAUUUCUAUAACUAUAACGAUAAUUUCAAUCCGGGUAGGAUUAUGCCUCACAAAUGGGAACACAUAAUGUCGGUCAGUAAGGGCUCGUGGGGUUACAAACGUAACGUAAAUCUAUGGGAUUAUAUGCAACCAUUAGAAAUACUGACCUCAUUGGCCCAAACUAUUAGUUGUGGAGGAAAUUUUAUGCUCAAUAUCGGCCCAACCAAAGAGGGAACUAUUACUCCUAUAUUUGAAGAGCGACUUCGAGGACUGGGAGACUGGCUUCGAGUUAAUGGAGAAGCCGUAUACUCAAGUCAACCCUGGGCUCAUGGACCCAAUGAUACGCUUACGAAAAAUGUUUGGUACACUCAAAAAGAUAAGGCUGUUUAUGCUAUAGUAUUGUUUUGGCCAAACAAUAAUAAUGAGGUCGAGUUGGGAUCUGUAUCGUACAGUAGUGUCCAAUCAGUCCAGAUGUUGGGCGUUAAGGAUGAUCUCAAGUAUAGGGUCGGUGGUGGUGAUGAUGGCGAUCAUACUAUUGUUACGUUUCCGUAUAUCAUACCAGAUCCCGAUCCGACACAUCAGGCCCUAAAAGUUGCUUAUGUUAUCAAAAUUAAUACUAAAUAA